GCGGCCUCCGGCGCUCUGGGCAGGGUGACGUCACUCUGCAUCUAUAUGCCCUAAUUGCUAAAGCGCUUCAGUCUAUAAAACGCUAUUAAGGUGGGACAUGGCCAGUCCGUACUGAAGCUGACAUCGCGCAUUUAGGCAAGAUGGUGCACCAGUCGUCUUCCUCCAUCCUCGAUGCGUCUUCCCCCUCCGAAUGCUCUGAGGAGGUGCUCGAGACCCCGGGCAGCCCCAGGCCAGACCCUCCCGAUGCCUUGACCUCUUUGCAGCUGGAUCUGCCUGCUUCUACCACUACUUACCAAGGCUAUGAGACGUAUAUUGAAAACGGCCUUAUCUGCCUGAAGCACAAGAUCCGCAAUAUUGAGAAAAAGAAGUUAAAACUGGAAAAUUACAAGAAACGAAUAAUGAACGGGGAAUCCCUCAAUCCAGACCAACUGGACGCCGUGGAGACGUAUGAAGAAGUUGUCCAUAACCUGAAGUUUGCCAAAGAACUACAGAAGACGAUAGGUGCCCUCAGCCAAGAUCUGCUGAAGGCCCAGAAGAAGGCAGUAAGGCGAGAGCAGACGAGUCAGAUGGAGGCUGAGAAGCAGCGGCUGUGCACGGUGCUGCAGGUUCACUACAUCCUCCAGAACCUCCAGAAGGAGCACACGAGGAAAGACUUCCGCAGUGGUCUGAAUGGGGCCCCCUUCCUGUCUGCACGCGAGCUGGAGCAUUUGCUAGAACUGUCCACCUUGCUAGGCUGCCGCAGGGAUGAGAGCGUGAGUCUGCAAGACCAAAUGGAGCAGGUGUCCAUUGUUUACUGGGAUUUGCUAGAAGGAGGAGAGAAGCCAGUUGCUGGAACUACCUACAAGCACCUGAAAGAGAAUCUAGCAAGACUGAUGGACUGUGAAUAUUUUGAUCACAUCCCAGUUCCACACAGUGAGAAUCUGGAAGAGGACUUUCUAGAGAGUAAAAAUACGAAGAUGACCAUAAAACCACAAAGAAUCAUGUCAGAUCUGUCAACGUUGAUGGCUAGAAAUGAGGCUACAUCCAAAGAGUUUAACAGGUGCUACUUGGUUGAUGGAGACUUCAGUGGUCAGAUCCAGCCAAAUAAACGUCCAGCACCGGCGAAGAGCUGGAAGGCUGAUUUUCUGGCUCUAAAACAGCAGGAGCCUCCGGACUCGUGGGAUAUGGAGUUUGAGGAUGUCCCAACACCUCAACCGACUGCGCCCCAGAAACCCUGGAGAGGGGAGAUAGGGUUUGUCCCAAAAGCACAGGCUGCCAUGAAGAGUUCCACCCAAGUGCUCAAAGAGAGGAAAGUGAAGAAAUUGAAAGGACAGCCAGGCAAAAAAUUGACUGUGAAGGUGGAAAUGCCAGUUGAGGUGUUCAGUUCUUCCUCCCUGCCCAAUGACCCUGUUCAAAGAGAGCAGGAACUGCAGGAACUGAUGGAGCAGAUCAAAGGCUCAUUCAGCUUCAUGCAGGAUUCUGUGCUGGACAGUGACGGCUCCGUGAGCAGACACUCGUGGGUAUCGUCACCAGAAAAUGGACCCUCUUCACCAAUUGAUCUCACAGAGAGUGAAGUGGAACGUCGAGCGAGUCGCCUUCCCAAAGUAUUACAUUCUACUCCUUUGCCUCCCAAGAGCCAUCCAAUCAAUGCCAAAACAGAUCUGACCAAUGGGGAUCAGUCUCUGGAUAACAAUGACCUGGACCUUACUGCAGACCAAGGAAUACAUGAGAACGUUUCAGACAGCUCCAUGGAUGGGUUUGCGACGCAACCAUUGUUUCAUAGGGAAUCGGCAGUGUCAAUCUCCCUGGCUGAGAAUUCUGCAGAGCAGGUGGUUAAUGAUGCAUCAAUGCCCCCCAAAAGCGAUUUCGACCAGAAAUCGGAUGAAAGCGUCUUCUCCGACUCGUACAAUCUGAACUACACAACUGCAAGCACACAGACCCCACCUGACCUCGACUUUGAUUUGGAACCUCUGCAACCAGUGACCUCAUACCAGUCCGAGACCCCGAUCACCAAUGGCUGUCAGAUGCCUAUGCCGCCUGGCCAGCCAGUUGGUGCCCUCUCAUACCAUGCCCAGCCUUAUUACCCCAGAGGCUCUGUCAGAGGUGGUUUUGAAGGCUUCAGGGCUGGAAUUCGAUCCCCUAGGGGUAGCUGCCCCCCCAGGCCCCAUGUCGCACGCGAGUGUGCCCCAGUUCUGUACAGAGUUCAGGAACCUGGAUACCAAAUGAACUACAACCAUGCUGCUAGUGGGAAAAGAAGCAAACCUAGAGCCACUUGGAAGAAUCAAUCACAAGUAAACAGCCCGGAGAGAGAUGACACCUUCGCUAGUGCAGACUCUGGGUACAGUGACUCUCGUUGCGCAACGCCCAUCGACGUGCCCUUCACCACCCAAAGCCCGGCACUUGUGCCCAUCUACCCGAUGCGCGUUGCCUUCUCUGCCGCCUGCACCGCCAACUUUGUUCCCAGUUCGUUGGACCAACCGAUCAUUUUUGACGUGCUGCAUUGCAAUCUGGGAGAGGCGUUCGACAUGCACGUGGGCCGCUUCUCCUGCCCUGUCAACGGCACCUACGUCUUCAUAUUCCACAUCCUCAAGCUGGCCAUAGAUGUGCCGCUCUACGUGAACCUGAUGAAGAACGACGAGGUGAUGGUGUCUGCUUAUGCCAACGACUGUGCGCCCGACCACGAGAUGGCCAGCAAUCAAGCGGUGCUGCAGCUCUUCCAGGGCGACCAGGUGUGGCUGCAGUUGCACCGUGGAGCCAUCUACAGCAGCAGCUGGAAGUACAGCACGUUCUCUGGCUUUCUCCUGUACCAAGACUGAUGCAUGCCCUUUGCUGGACAGCGAGCACUUUUGCACCUAACUGGAUGGCUUUCUGCUGUGUGAUGAAAUGCGUGUCCAGUUUAACAAUCCCUGCCCUCCCUCCUGCCACUCUAAUGCUCAGGUUUAAUUUUGAUGAAGCGUUUGGCCAUUUCUUUGCCAUUUUGCCUUAACUGCUGUGGCAGAGCCAUGAGUGAAAUGCCGAUUUUUGUUUUGCUAAUGACAUCCUACUUCAACAUUUAAUCACGUGAACUAAUAACCCAUUGACUUGUUGGAUUCACCCGUUUUUUUUUUUUUUAAGCGAGAUUUGACCUAACUAUUGGUUUAUGCACUUCAUAAUGUAUUACAGAAUGCACAGUUUAUGUUCCACAUAGGAUGUGAUUAUGGCCAGUCAGGCAUUUUGGUGCAUUUUUUUAAGGGUUCUCCCAAAGCUUUAGCACAAAGGUGCCUUUGUUUGCACGACUGAAUGGGCGGUGAGGAUGUAGCUGAAAUUGCUUGACGAAAGCUCAGCACUUUGCACAAGCUUCAGUGUGGCCUUGCUGUUUUCAUGGUAGAAGCUACUGCUGUGAUCUGUGUAGGCAGGUAUACAACACAAUUACCCAAAGUUGUGUAUUGAGCAUUUCUGUGGAGGAGUUCAGUGCCUAAAUAAAUGAAACUGCGCA